CCAGCUUUUAGACAAGACACAUCUGGAAAUGUAUGGAUCAGUGCAGUCAGGAGGCUGUUCUCCCAAAACUUUGAAUGGUGCAAUAGGAAAUCCACAGUCAAAGACUGGCUCUGACAGUGUACAGAAUAGUCCAUCAUUUGCUUCUCAGGUUAAGGGGAAGAAGAGAGAGUGGGAUGAUCAAGGUUCUGAUCCUCUGGAACGAGAGCACUCAGUGAAAUCAGAGGAUGCAGAUUCUGGUAGGUUUAGACCAGAACAGAUGUUGAAGUCUGAUAUUGCUAAAAUAACCAAUAAAGGUGGUAUUGUAGAUUUUGAAGGGGCAGCAAAGUUGGUGCAACUCAUGCAACCUGAGGGAGCCGACAAGAAACAAGAAUUGGCUUGCCGAAUCUUGCUUGUUGAUGUAAUAGCUUUGACAGAUAGGUUUGAUUGCCUUGGACGGUUUGUGCAGCUCAAGGGCUUGCUUGUUUUGGAUGAGUGGCUACAAGAGGUCCACAAAGGGAAGAUUGGUGAUGGUAGUGCUUCCGAGGAGUGUGACAAAUUGACUGAGGAAUUUUUAUUUGCUUUGCUUCGUGCACUGGAUAAGCUGCCUGUUAAUCUUCAUGCUUUAAAGACAUGUAAUAUUGGCAAGUCUGUGAAUCAUUUACGCACUCAUAAAAAUUCUGAAAUUCAGAAGAAAGCUAAAAGUUUAGUUGACACAUGGAAGAAACGUGUUGAAGCUGAAAUGAAUAUGCUUGAUGCGAAGUCUAGUUCAAGUCGUGGUGGUUCUUGGCCUACCAAGUCAGCAAUUUCUGAGGUUUCUCAUGUGGGGAGCCAUCGAACUGGAGGGUCCUCUGAGGCUGGUGUAAAGAGUUCCAUCAUACAAUCCUCUGCAUCUAAAACUACACCAGUUAAGUUUUGUUCUGGAGAACUAGUUGCCAAGUAUUCAACGACAAGUCAUGGCUCAACAAAAUUACCAGAACCAGGGGCUUCUUGCACAAAGGAUCCUAUAUCUGCUACAUUGGUUGGUGGAGAAACUGCUGAUCUGCAACUAACAAUGAUCAAGGAGGAGAAGAGCAGCAGUUCUAGUCAGUCUUGUUCGAGUGAUCAUGCCAAAACUGGAGAGUCAUCUUUCAGGGAAGGUGCAUGGAGUUCCACUGGUGGAUCAGUGAAUGUUAAUAAGAUGUCUGGUGGUGUUUCGCGCAGCCGGAAGUUGAGCAAUGGCCUUCAUGGUUCUGGUGCCUCUGUGGUUCAAAAGGAAAUUAGUUCAGGAAGACUUGGUUCUUCACAAAGAAAUAUGGUUUCUGAGACACCAACUAGAGGAACAUGUGAGGGAGGACCGGAUGUGCCCCUAAUGGAUAAUGGAAGCAGCCCACGACUUAUAGUCAGGUUGCCAAACACUGGUCGAAGUCCAGCACUUAGUUCUGGUGGUGAUUCUCCUGAUGAUCCUCCCUCUUCUACAUUUCGCAAGGCUUCUCCUCCUGCACAUUCUGACAAGCUUGAGCACCAUGAUCUAAAGGUGAAAGUACAAAGAGAUGCCCAGCAGGCGACCAGUGCAUCUAACACUAGCAGGAAUCUAUUGCAGUGCAGAGAUAUGCUGCCUGAGUCUGAGGAUGUUAAUGCACCAUCUGCUGGUGCUUUCCGUAACAAUCUGAACAGGGAUGGUGAAGAUGGUGAGAAACAGAUGGAGGCAUCUAAAGCUACUUGUUUAUCAUCCAGGAUCAAACCCAAGCCUGGGAAAUCAUAUGGAGCCUCUUUUAGUUCAAUGAAUGCUUUAAUAGAAAGCUGUGUUAAAUUCUCUGAAGCUAGUGCAUGUGCCUCAGUUGGGGAUGAUAUUGGGAUGAAUCUGCUGGCAAGUGUGGCGGCUGGAGAAAUAUCAAGAGCCGAUGUCUCACUUUCGAGUUCUCCUGCGGCGUGUGAAGAAUCCUGUUUUGGAAAUGAUGUAAAAUUGAUGCCAUUGGAUGAAGAUAAAAGUCAAAGUGAGAAUCAACAUAAUGAUGGGGAAAAUGGGGGUGCUAUAGCAGACCAAAGUAAUUCUAUUAACCCUUUUGGUAGUUUCCUACAUAAUCCCAAGCCCGUGGUCACCAAUUUGUCUGAAGACAGCAAAGUUGCUUCAUUGGGAUGUGAAGAGAAGACUGCAGAGUUCGCUGCACAAGACAUUAUAAAAAAGGGUGAUGUAGAGGGUGAAGGACCGGAUCAAUAUCAUGAACGACAGAAGUGUGUUGCUACCCAGGCAAGAAUCAACAGCAUCUCACAUUCCAAACUCAAAACGAGGAGUCCCUUGUUUGGUGAAGGUGCAAAUGUUCAUUGUACUGAUGAAAAAGCUACUGAGAACUGUGUAGUAAUGGCACAAGAAGCUGCUCCUUCAAGUGCAAAAGUUGAGAAGGAAGCUAAUCAAGAACCACCUUAUUGCUCAUCUUCAGAAAUUCCUGGGCAGGACAAAAAUGCGGGGCACAGACAGACAAGUAGUUGCAACUUGACAGAGCAGAAGCCACUCCAUGUGAUUGGCAGAAAAAACGAGGAUACUGCACCUCCCUCUGGUUCGUGUGAUGUUUUGGAUAUGGAGUUGAAGGCUGAAAAACCUGAUGAAAUGAAGGCAGGGAGUAAAGUUGUGCAGUUUGAGAAAGAAAAUUUGGAUAUAGGUUCAUCUGCGGCGGAAAAUGACAGUAAAUGUGUUCCAGUUGAAUCGGAAAGGAAGGAAGUUCUUAGUCACUGCUCUGUCGGAUCAGCUUCCCAUAAAGAGUCUUCUGUAAUUCCCAUGCAAGAAACAGAAGAGCAAGUGAAGUCUAGUGGAUGUCAAUCAGAUGGAGUUGAAGCAAAUGGGGCAGAAGAAUCUGCAGCCCGGGCUAAUCCUUUGUCCAUAUCUGCAGCAGCGGGUUCAGAUGCUGCUGUAAAGCUGGACUUUGAUUUGAAUGAAGGUUUUCCUGUUGAGGAUGGGAGCCAAGGGGAGCUUGUUAAGUCUUCUGUCGCCAGAAACUCAUCCUCUGUUCAUUUCCCCUCCCCACUACCACUUUCCAUUUCUUCCAUUUCUGGUAGCUUCUCUGCUUCAGUUACUGUGGCUUCUGCUGCCAAAGGACCAUUUGUUCCUCCUGAAAACCCAUUGAGAAGUAAAGGGGAACUUGGAUGGAAGGGAUCUGCUGCAACCAGUGCAUUUCGACCAGCAGAACCUAGAAAGGUUCUUGAGAUGCCUCUCAAUACAGCUGAUGCCACUCUCGUUGAGAACAGUACCAGCAAACAAGGUCGUGCCUUCUUGGAUUUUGACCUUAAUGUCCCAGACCAGAGAGUUCUUGAGGAUUUGGAUUCUCAAAACUCUGGACAGGUGACAUGUUUGGAAUCUGGGUCUCGUGAUCGUAGUGGUGGGGGACUGGAUCUUGAUUUGAACAGAGUUGAUGAAAGUCCUGAAAUUGGGCAGUCCUGGGUUUGCAAUAACUAUAGAUUGGAAAUUCCACAAUUGUUAUCUGGUGGAUUAUCUUAUACUGAAUCAAAUGCCGCUAAGGGCUUUGAUUUGAAUGAUGGACCUGGCCCAGAUGAAGUGGUCACUGAAACAGUGCAAGCCAAAAGCAAUAUGCCAUUUCUGCCUACUGUUCCUGCCAUCAGAAUGAGUAAUACUGAAUUAGGAAACUUUUCUUCAUGGUUCCAACCGAGCAAUUCCUAUUCAGCCCUUGCCUUUCCAUCAAUCCUUCCUGGUAGAGGGGAGCAGAGUCAUCCCAUUGUUCCAGCUUCUGGGUCACAAAGGAUCGUGGGCCCUCCUACCGGCGGCACACCAUCUUUUAAUCCAGAAAACUAUCGGGGACCAGUGCUUUCAUCCUCUCCUGCGGCUGGCUUCCCCCCUGCUACUCCAUUUCAAUAUCCAGGGUUCCCAUUUGAGACCAAUUUCCCUUUUCCAUCCAAUUCCUACUCGGGUAGUUCAUCAGUGCAUUUGGAUUCUUCAUAUGGGGCCCCACUUUGCUUCCCUAACAGUUCCACUCAGCUGUUCGGAACUACUGGGGUGGUAUCAGCCCACUACCCUCGACCCUAUGUCAUGCGUCUUCCAGGUGGUAUACAUAAUGUUGGUCAAGAAGGUAAAAAAUUAGGAAGUCACGGUCUAGACCUUAAUGCUGGUCCUGGUGGCACGGAUGUACGGAGAGACGAGAGGUUGCCUUCAGCCUUGAGGCAGCUUCCUGUUGCUAGUACGCAAGCCCUGGCGGAUGAGCAAGUAAACAUGUAUCAGGUGGCUGGUGGAGUGUUGAAAAGAAAGGAGCCUGAUGGCGGGUGGGAUGGAGAUAGGAUUAGCUACAAGCAAUCCUCAUGGCAAUAGCGAGGAGAUUUGGCAAAAUGGGUCAAACCUCGUUUGCCCUGGUGAGUCAUCUUUUUAGAAUUUUCUUGUAAUUGAGAUGCUGAUAACAAUGGGGGUUACAUUGCAUCAGAUGCAUUUGUAAUGUUGUCUGAAGUUGAAUAUCAAUCUGUGUUUUCCAUGUAAUCUGUAGGCAUCCAGUGCGUCUUUAUAGGGUGGAGCUAUCAACACAACAUGCUCUUUUGUGGAUGACAAACCCCCUGCAAGUUUUCUUCUAACUAGUUGGAUGUUGGGGCAGUCUGGAAAUGUGGUUCAUUGUCCUGACGCAUUUCCGCUGUAUAAAUCGGGUUUUUUUUUUGGGGGAGAUUCCCUGCGUCCUGAGGCGUCCAUGUUACUCGAAAUGUGGCCACUGC